GCGUGGGCAGACUGGGCGCUCCGGGUCGCACGCAAGUCCGCGCGGGGUCUGGGCCACACACGCCGCUCUAUCGCCAUUUCCAGGGCCAAGCGCGCAGGCAGGAGAGUGGGGGGGCGGCCGGCGAGCACCAGCAGGCAUCAUGUGGAUCCAGGUUCGCACCAUGGACGGGAAGGUGGCCCACAGCGUGGGCUCGCUCUCCAGGCUGACCAAGGUGGAAGAGCUGCGGGAGAAGAUCCAGGAGCUGUUCCACGUGGAGCCGGGCCGACAGAGGCUCUUCUACCGGGGCAAGCAGAUGGAGGAUGGCCACACCCUCUUUGACUAUGAUGUUCGCCUGAAUGACACGAUCCAGCUCCUGGUUCGGCAGAACCUCAUGCCUCCUCCCCCCAGUAGCAGCAGCAGCAACAACCAGGAGAGAGACUCUGAGCUUUCUGACACCGAUUCUGGCUACUGCCUGGGCCAGAGCGAGUCGGACAAGUCCUCGACUAGCGGUGAGGUGGCUGCGGAGGCGGACAGGAAUGCAGGCUUAGCAGAUGAGGCAGUGUGUGAUGAGACGGAGCUGGGCCUGUACAAGGCCAAUGAGUACGUUGAUGCUCGGGACACGGAUGUGGGAAGUUGGUUUGAGGCGAAGGUUGUCAGGGUGACAAAGAAGCCACCAUCCCAGGACACGCCGAGUAGCUCCACCUCAUCCCAGGACACGCCUUCUAGUUCCGCCUCAUCUCAGGACACGCCUUGUAGCUCCACCCCGUCCCAGGACACGCCUUGUAGCUCCGCCUCAUCCAAGGACACGCCUUGUAGCUCCGCCUCAUCCCAGGAAGCACCCUGUAGCUCCACCUCGUCCCAGGACGCACCCUGUAGCUCCACCUCCACGUUGGAAGAAGACGAUGACGUCAUUUAUCACGUGACAUAUGAUGAUUACCCGGAAUACGGUGUGGUCCAGAUGAGUUCACAGAACGUCCGGGCCCGAGCCCGAGAAAUCAUCAGAUGGCAGGAGCUGAAGGAGGGCCAGGAGGUCAUGCUCAACUACAACCCCGACAGCCCGAAGGAACGGGGCUUCUGGUACGAUGCAGUGAUCACGCGGAAGAACCAGACCCGGACAUCGCGGGAGCUGUAUGCUAACGUCAGGCUCGGGAGUAGUUCUCUCAGCAACUGUCGGAUCAUGUUCGUGGAUGAAGUUUUCAAGAUUGAGCGUCCGGGCGAGGGGGCCCCCAUGGUUGAAAACCCAGUGAAAAGGAAGAACAAGCCCUUCUGCGAUAAAUGCAAGGAUAACCCCAGCAAGCCCUGCCAUGAGUGUUCCUGCAGCCUGUGUGGGAGCAAGCAGGAUCCUGACAAGCAGCUCAUGUGUGAUGAUUGCGACCACGCCUUUCACUUGUACUGCCUCAACCCACCUCUCAGCAGUGUUCCCACGGAGACCGAGUGGUUCUGCCCUAAGUGUCGAAAUGACGCCAGCGAGGUGGUGUUGGCAGGGGAGAAGCUGAAAGAGAGUAAGAAGAAGUCAAAAAUGGCAUCGGCCACAUCGUCCUCGCAGCGGGACUGGGGCAAGGGCAUGGCGUGCGUGGGGCGCACCAAGGAGUGCACCAUCGUUCCAUCCAACCACUACGGACCCAUCCCAGGGAUCCCCGUGGGCACCAUGUGGAGGUUCAGAGUCCAGGUCAGUGAGUCGGGGGUCCAUCGGCCGCACGUGGCGGGCAUCCAUGGCCGGAGCAAUGAUGGGGCGUACUCCCUGGUCCUGUCUGGGGGGUAUGAGGACGAUGUGGACAAUGGGGAGUCUUUCACGUAUACUGGUAGCGGUGGUCGAGAUCUUUCCGGCAACAAGCGGACUGCAGAACAGUCCUGUGAUCAGAAACUCACCAACACCAACAGGGCACUGGCUCUCAACUGCAGCGCCCCCAUCAACGAACGCAAAGGGGCCGAGGCCAAGGACUGGCGCUCAGGGAAGCCGGUCCGGGUGGUGCGCAACGUCAAGGGCCGCAAGCACAGCAAAUAUGCCCCCACUGAGGGCAACCGGUACGACGGCAUCUACAAGGUUGUGAGGUACUGGCCCGAGAAGGGGAAGUCCGGCUUCCUGGUAUGGCGCUAUCUCCUGCGGAGGGACGACGAGGAACCUGGCCCCUGGACGAAGAAAGGGAAGAACCGGAUCAAGCAGCUGGGACUGACCAUGCAGUAUCCAGAAGGCUACCUUGAGGCCCUGGCCAAGAAGGAGAAGGAGAAAGAGAACAGAAAGAGGCCGACUGAAGAGGCAGAGGAGAAAGACGAAGAGGAGGAAGAAGAGGAAGAUUUCACGUCCCCCAGGAAGAGCAAACGGAGGAGUAAGUCAGAAGGUGCCUGCUCCCCGAGAGUUACACCCAAGAAAACCAAGGUGGAGCCUUACAGCCUCACAGCCCAGCAGAAGGCCCUCAUCAAGCAGGACCAGAGCAACACUAAGUUGUGGACCGAGAUCCUCAAGUCACUCAAGGAUGGGCCGAAAUUCCUGAAUAAAGUAGAAGAAACAUUCCAGUGUAUUUGCUGCCAGGAACUGGUAUUCCGCCCGAUCACCACCGUGUGCCAACACAACGUGUGCAAGAAUUGCCUGGAUAGAUCCUUCAGAGCCCAGGUGUUCAGCUGCCCCGCCUGCCGCCGCGAACUGGGCCGAAACUACUCCAUGAAGGUGAACCAGCCGCUGCAGGCAAUCCUCAUCCAACUCUUCCCUGGUUAUGGCAAUGGACGGUGAUCCACAAGCACUUCUCGCCGGGCGUUUUUAAAAAACGCAUCAGAGGCGUCCUCGGCCCCUCUCGUUUUUAGUGGGCUUAACUUAAGUAUGUAGUUUUUCCUCUACUUCCUAAAAACCCUUGUCUUCCUGGUUUUGUUUUUUUAAUCUAUAAAUUUUUAGGAAUUUGUAUUAUGGCUCAAAGAAAGAAAGAAAGUUAGACUGCUCAGUGUUUUAUCUUGGUUUUUUUUUUAAAAAGUAUAAAGCCUGCGGUGUAUGAGCAAAAACACAAAUGUUUUUUCUGAAGAUGAAAUUAGAAAUUACUUGGCCUGAAGGCCGCUAUGGUGCCAACAUCAAGUUCUCAGAGGCUCCUGCAGGCAGGCAUUGACUGCCUAGAACCAUCUUUUCCCGGUGUGUGGGCUUGGCCCCAAAGCUGAAAGCGGGCACACCUCCUGACAGCGUUUCAUCGCCAGAACUCAGCAGGGUGGUACCUGGUGGUGGCCCUGGGUGUGGCGUGGCCCAGGAGUCAUCCAUCAGGACCUGUUGAAAGGGAAAAAGGAAAAGAUCCCAUUCAGCCCAGUUUAAACUCUGGCCUCACAGCCAUCCGCCACCAGCCAGCUUCCGUGGUUAAGACCCACAAGCAGAGACCUGUGUCCCUUGAGCAGAGUUGAGGCCACACAGAAGCUACCUCCGCUGGACUCUCCUGUAUGUGGAGCUGGGUGUGCAGCCAAACGCUGUCCAUUCUGGAACGCCGCAGAAGUAGAUGCACUAAGCCAUGUUCAAGUGCCUUUGGUUCUUUCUUUCUAAACACGGGGCUCUUUUUUUAGCACUGAAUUACUGAAAAUGCCAACCAGAUUCUCAGAUUGGCCAACCAGUUCUUUCCAAAUAUGGGUGAGUGUUUGGGGAUAGGUUGAGUUUUGUUCUUCCUUUACAUUGAAUUUUCAACUCACCAAUUGAGAUUUACAAGAGGGAAUUUGUUUUUAAAAUAAAUACUUUUUUUAAAUGAAAUUUUUUUGUAGUUACUGUAUAUGUACCAAGAAAUCUAUAACUUAGGGAUUUAUUUUUUAUUUUUUUAUUUUUUUGGAAUUAUUUGUUAAUUUUUCUACAAACUUUACCAAAGUUUGCAGCUCAUACCUCAAUAGAACAGGGAUAUUUUAAAUCACAUAACUGCAGACAAACUGGAACAAUAUUGUUUGAAAGGUUUUUUUUCUCUCUUUAUUAGAUUAUUAAUGUAUUAGGAAGAAAUGAUAAAAUCCUGUGUAGGCAUUUUCUAUAAAGUUCAAUAUUCUUUGUCCAGAUUUUAGAUUCUCAGAAUAAAUGUCUUUUACAGAUGCA